GCCGAAUAAGAUGGCAGAGCUUUAACUCGCACCGGCCUGGAGAUAAAUAUGCCCGUGGGUCGAGCUGUCGACAUGAGUUUGAUGGACAUCUCCAAGAUCUUCUCAUUGCUGCAGCCCAGGGAGGACGAUGAGGACAACGCUCUGAGUCAAUCAUUAAACAACGCCGUGAGCAGCGACAACAUCUUUCUCCUCGCGCAGCUUCUUUCUCAGGAGAGCUACAGGAGGUCUAUCAACAGUCGAAGUGGCUGGGGGGUCCCCGUAACCCCCUUACGGACUGCUGCUGCUUUGGGACACCUGAAGUGCCUGGAGCUGCUACUGGAGCACGGUGCAGAGGUAGAUAGCCUGGACGUGAAGGCCCAGACGCCAUUGUUCUCGGCUGUUAGCGGCAAACAUCUAGACUGUGUGGUGGCUCUCCUGAAGGCCGGAGCCGACCCAAACGGAAGCCAGCACAACAACUCUUCGCCGGUGCUGACAGCUGCUCGAGAAGGGGAUGUGGACAUUCUUCAAGAGCUGCUCCGCUUUGGAGCAGAAGUGGACGUUCGACCCAAAGGACCAGAGUGGGCAUCUAACGCUACGGCUUGCCGAGGGCCUCUUUAUAUCUCAGCGGUGUACGGACAUCUGGACUGCUUUAAACUCCUACUCCUCCAUGGAACUAACCCUAACUAUAACUGCACAGAUGAGAAGAUGCUGGCCCGAAUAAAGCAGCCGAAGACUGUGCUGGAGGUAUGUUUGCGUUACGGUUGCGGCGUGGAGUACAUCCAACUUCUUAUAGACUUUGGAGCAGAUGUAUAUCUGCCGACACUCAUCGUUGACAAGACAACAAAGCAGAAUGAAGCCUUGGCUCUGCUGCUCAAAGAAAGGGUUUGUCCCAAACCUCUGAUGUCACAGACUCGCCUAGCAUUCCGCAGAUACCUUCAUUUUGCUAACAAAGAUCCUGCCAUUGACGGUUUGGACGUUCCUCUUCUCCUGAGGAACUACCUGAAGCACAACACCUCUGAACACGUGGGAUGUUCCAGUUAG